AUGUCGCAGAGGAAGAUCUUUCUGGUGCUCGUGGCCAUCAGCACCGUCAGUCUCCUGCUGCACCACGGAGGACACCUCAGCUGGACCAUGGAGGCCUUCCACCUGGGCUGUCCUUCCAUCCAGUCCCACCCCUCCGUCGGCCUGAAACCCAAACACACCAACGUGGUCUUCCUGAAGACGCACAAGACGGCGAGCACCACCAUGCAGAACAUGCUGUUCCGCUUCGCCGAGCGCCACAACCUGACGGCGGCGCUGCCGGUGCAGGCGUGCAGUCACCAGUUCUGCUACCCGCGCUCCUUCACCUCGCACUUCGUGCACCCCCACACGCUGCCGCCGAACAUCAUCACCAGCCACAUGCGCUUCAACAGGGCGGAGCUUCAGCGCCUGAUGCCCAACGACACCAUCUACGUGACCAUCCUGCGGGAGCCCGGCCUGAUGUUCGAGUCCCUGUUCAGUUACUACAACCAGCACUGCCAGAGCUUCAAGCGGGUUCCCAACGGCUCGCUGGAGGCGUUCCUCCAGGAGCCCUGGCGCUACUACCGCCCCGACGAGAAGGACUCCAUGUACGCUCGCAACUCCCUGACCUUCGACCUGGGCGGAGACAAGGACCGGCCCACCACCGACGUGGCGUACGCCCGCUCCUUCGUGGCCGAGGUGGACCGAGUCUUCUCCCUGGUGCUGAUCGCUGAGCACUUCGAUGAGUCGCUGGUUCUCCUUCGCCGCCUCCUCUCCUGGGACCUGGACGACGUGCUCUACUUCAAACUCAACAUGAGGACGCCGAGCUCCAAGCGGAGCCUGACGCCCGGACUUCCUGCGAAGAUCCGUGCCUGGAAUUCCUUAGACGCACGUCUCUACGACCACUUCAACGCCUCGCUGUGGCGCCAGCUGUCGGCUCUGGGCGUGGCCUGCGUGGCGAGGGAGGUGCGGCUCCUCCGGCAGGCGCAGGAGCGGCUGAUGAGAAGCUGCUUCGGCGAGCGCACGCCGCUCCGCUCGGCGGCGCAGAUCAAGAACAAGGAUCUGCGUCCGUGGCAGCCGAGCGGGAAGGUGGACAUCGUGGGCUACGACCUGCCGCUGAACCUCAGCAGCGGCUUCUCCAGUCAGGCCCAGGAUCUGUGCCUGAAGCUGAUCCUGCCGGAGAUCCAGUUCACCCGGGUCCUGCUCCGCUCCCAGUCGCUGCGGUACCGCCGGCUGCACCAGCUCCGCCCCCAGCCGCCGGCGCACACGCUGCAGCAGCCGGGACGCACGGGCCUGCCGCGGCACCGCAGUCCGCAGCCGGCCGCCGCUCCGGCUGCUCCAGGGACACGGCCCACCUCCAGGCCGGCUGCAGGGUCCCAGACCACGAGGUCCGGGUCCAGGUCCUCAUCCGUCCAGGCCUCAUAG